AUGUCGAUCCCCAACGAAGCCUUGCAGAAGCUCCUGCAGGAGAUUGAGACACGCGCGCUCGCUUCGCAGCAACAAAUCGGAAUCACCAAGGCCCAGAUGACGGCCAAGCAGCGUGAUAUUCGCAUGCUGCAGCUGACAUCGAAAGAGCUAUCUGAGCUGCCUUCAGAGACACGGGUAUACGAGGGGGUAGGAAAGAUGUUCGUUCACGUCCCUACCGAUACUGUCUCCAAACGUCUCACCCGAGAGAGCAGCGAGGCUGCGGCCGAGAUCGCUAGUCUCGAAAAGAAGCUGCAAUAUCAUGAAACAACGAACAAGAACAGCCGUGAUAACUUGGAGCAGAUUCUGAAGUCUGGGGGUAGGGCGUGA